UUAACUGGAACAGACAACAGGAUUCCAUUUUACAUCCUCUGAUCCCCAUUUGGAAACGCAUUUUAACCUUUUUUUUUCCAGCUUCAUCUUUUUUUCUGAUUAAAGAAAACCUAAAAUGGAUACCUGGAAGAUUCAACUGGUUGUUGUGACUUUUUGUGCAUUGGUGCAAACUUAUCAGGGUCUAUUAAGUAGUGCAGAGCAGGCGAGAGGACUUUCCAAUGAGUGGCAAAGUGAGUCACUGGACAUGAGGCUGAAUAACCCAAUGGAGGAUCUGAUGAAAAGAUCUAAAGCUCUUCGUUUCUAUGGACUUAUGGGGAAGCGCUCAGUUACAAAGAAACCAUUUCAAUUUAACAGACGAAAUAAAGGAGAGAUGUUUGUGGGAUUGAUGGGAAGAAGCAUUUCUAGUGGAGAAUCUAUAAUCAGAGAGACGCCAUCUGAAGCGUCCACUGAGAUCCAUGUUGCAGAGAAACCAUACAGCAAAGAUUUACCAGAGGAAUGGAUUCAAAUCCUGUACUAACGGAGCCACAAAAACACCUAUACAACUGCACACCAACCAAAGACAAGGCAAUCACUAGUCGUUUUUCUAAAAAAAAAAAAAAGAUACCCUGCUUAG